AUGUGACCUCGGUCGUAAACUAGUAACAAGCGAUAUUACCACAGCAAGAACAUUACCGUGUAUAAUACACAGCAAUCAGGGGAAGGAUAACAAGAGGACCGUUUCAUUCUUCACAUCCAAGUGUCGACUCUGUAGAACGAGAAACGCUUCGAGCUGAGUGCCAAACAAAUGCCAAGACGCGAAGGACAUUGCUGGAGCUGCUCCUGUUCUGCGGCGGUAAAAUCCAACGACAUUUCGAGUGCAACCUGGCCUGCAUCGAAAGCUGGGGAGAUGAUGACCAUAAUCCCGUCCAUCGUGCGUGGUGCCUACAGCUCGCUUCUCCGCAGGCAAGCACCUCAUUUGAUCAGGCGGGGUCUGGUGCUUUUCACGGUCGGAGUGCUUCUGGCUUUGGUUCUGAACUUGCUGCAGAUUCAGAGAAACGUCACGCUUUUCCCGGAGGAGGUGAUCGCCACGCUCCUCUCGUCUGCUUGGUGGGUGCCACCUUGCUGCGGCACAGCUGCAGCUGUGGUGGGUCUCCUGUACCCUUGCAUUGACAGUCAUCUGGGGGAGCCACACAAAUUCAAGAGAGAAUGGGCCAGUGUCAUGAGAUGCAUCGCCGUCUUUGUGGGCAUCAACCAUGCUAGUGCUAAACUGGAUUUUGCCAACAAUGUCCAGCUAUCACUCACACUAGCUGCUCUCUCUUUGGGGCUGUGGUGGACUUUUGAUCGAUCAAGGAGUGGGUUUGGUCUUGGAAUUACAAUCGCUGUUCUUGCAACGCUGAUCACUCAGUUUCUGGUCUACAAUGGAGUCUAUCAGUAUACAUCACCAGACUUCCUGUAUAUUCGUUCCUGGCUUCCUUGUAUAUUCUUCUCAGGAGGUGUUACUGUGGGAAAUAUAGGAAGACAGCUAGCGAUGGGUGCUCCAGAGAAACCCCACAUGGACUAAAAGUGCCAUUUUGAAUUGACAUGGUGCCAAUAUGGAGGAAUAUAGUACAUGCAGACCCUUUCUUCUCCAGAGCUCUUAUUCUCAAAUACAGCAUACGUCUUAAUGUCAUUUUAGUGAACAUGUAAUUGGGCAUGUAACAUAUCUGAGGAGCAACAAAAAAGAUCAGAAGGAAAAUAAGUUCAUAAUCAAGAGUGUCAGUCAUUGAGCAUUGUACAAUGAAACUGUGGCCAAAGUUUGUAGACUUAAUUGCUCAGUGUAUCGUCUGAUUAUUUUCACCAAAACAUCCAGUUUUAUAUCAGCUUUGUAGAUUCUGCAAUUAUAAAUAACUGGCUUGACAAUUUCACCUUGUGAAGAAAAAAAAAAAAAAAAAAAAAUUGUGACUACAGGUCCAGAAAAAAAAAAAAAAAGAUGGUGCUAAAUAUUUCAAUUGUUUGCAUGAACAUAGAACGUUGUUAUAAUAUAUAUAUAUAAUUAGUGUGUGUGGCAUGCAGAAUAUUGGUCAAUAAGUACUCUUGGACAAACCCACCCAGCUUUCACAUUUUGAUUUUUAAGCGUUGCAAAAUAUAGCGUAGAACUAACCUAGAGCCCUUUUUGUUUGACUUGGGCUAGAGGGAUGAUUGUAGUUUCAUGCAAGAGACAUUUAUAUAAACAGGCUUUGCUCCAACCUUUGUUCUGUUUAUAACAAAACAUUCUGAACUGACCCCCCUGAAACGUCUCUAUAGAAGAACUGUUUGUGCCCUGGUAAGCUGUGAAGCUGCUGCUCUGUUAAGUUGAGAAAGAUAAUCAAGACUGCAUCACUUUGUUUUCUCAGGUAAGGAUAAAGAAGAGUUUGAUGUGCUCUGUAAUACUAGCCCAUUCCAUUCCCUGCAGGUUUUAUCCCCAGUGGAGUCAUAGGGAAUGUUCCUUGACUGUUAACUUGAAAUCCAUUAGCCUGGUUAAUGCCUUUCAAACCUUCUAAUUUAUAAUAAUGCCAAAUUACAUGGGCAGGAACUCGGAACUGAGAUUAAUUCAUUGUUACAUCAAAUAGGCAGAUAGGAACAUGAGGUUUUUUUCAAAGCCUUAGAAAAUUUGCAAUCUGUGAUUGCCUUUGUAAAAUAGCAAUGAGUGCUUCUGUCAGUGUGAAAGUUUCAUUAUUUGUAAAUAUGAAGUUGUAUAUAGCUUACAUAUACAGUACAAUAGCUACUGUGUGUAAUCAAAGUCAUAUUCCCAUGCUAGACCUAGUUUGCAAGUAAUUGGGUCUAGGUGAUUAAAGUGCAAUCUAUACAGUACAUGAGCCUUGUAUGAUAUUGUAUAUGUUUUCCUUUCAUUUGUUUAAAUACAAUAAAAGCAUUAAUGUA